CGCAUAUUCGGCAGCCUCCCCCCUUCGCUACCGCCGAGAAGAAGAAGAAGAAGAAGAAGAAGACAAGACGUCGUAGCCCAGGCUACAAAGAGUGCAGACGUGGUCAGCUGUUGGACUACAGCACAAGUCAGGUCCAAAGGUCGGUAGAGGAGGCUUGUCCCCGCUACCGCCCGCACUUUGCAGUCAUGGACGCGUUCCAGGUGCGGAUGGACUUCCAGGCUCUGCUGAAGCGACUGAAUGCUUCUCAGCAGUCCAUCGAAAAAGUCCUCGGCUUCGCAGAUCGUCACGUAGCAAAGGCAUCAGCAGACCUGUGGGACUGUAUACUCAAUGAAUGCGGCAAGACAAACCUCUCCUCGCGGCUCAAUAUCCUUUUUCUGCUCGACUUCCUUUUCACAGACUAUUCCAGCCGCUAUUCCCAAAAGCUUAUCAACGACUUCCGCCGCAUGGCAUCAAAGGACCUGCUGCGCCUCAUAGACCACGUCGUGCCGCACGAUAAUCUCAAUGGGGUCAAGCUCAACAGCGGCGUCACCAUCCAGAUCCUCUCCUCAUGGCGACUUAAGCGUCUCUUUCCCCAAGAGCAGAUUGCUGAUCUACUUGCGAGGUUACAGGAAAGAAUAGCAGACACACUUCAUUCGAAAGGCUCCUCGAGCAACAAUGGUGAGGAGGCAGGCUUGCCGACUCUGUCACACUCGGAGAUCCUUCGGCGGAUAGAGGAGGACAGAGAGCGACACAAGAGGAUACGAGAAAAGCUGUGGGUCCUGCCUCCCAAGUCCUUUUUCGACGCAGUGCCCGACCCAUCUACGUCCUCCAGUGCCCGGCAACAGCAGCCAAGGCAAGGUGAAUGGGAUAGGGCAGCUAAGCGCCCCAGACUAGACCCCUCGGCCGUGGAAGGCAGCGAAGUCAACGUCGAGGAUGGGAUGGAGGGAGGACCCCUGACCCACGCCGACCCGCUCGACAUCCAGUUCGAGGAGCUCUGGGAGAACACCUCGGAUCUGAAUCAGGACGAUCUCGAUGCCUGGCGAGAAGAAGAAGACGAGCGGUGGUGGGGCUCUGAAGAGCAGAUCCGGCGACGCGAGGCUGAGAGGCUCGCUGAGUUGAAUCAGGAGAGGGAAGUGGAGACGGAGAGGAAGAGGAUAGCCUUCGAGCAGCAAGAGCAGCAGCGUAAACAAGCCUCUGAAAAGGACGAGGUGAUGUCUGAUGGCAGAGAUCGAGAAGGAAGCCAAAGCGGACCUCAACCGACACAGUCCCACUCGUACCAACCGGAGAGCGCAACACCUGUAGAGUCUAUGGGUCCACCUCCUGUGCAGCCGCGCUCGGACUACUACAGCAGAGAAGCACAACAGGCUCGGGAAGCAGAGCACGCAUAUGCUCCUCCGCAAUCACCGGUUCACCCAGGUGCCCCGCCAGGUCGGGGAGGCUGGCCGCCCUACCAACAACAAGGUCCUCCUCGUCCGCCGCCUGCGUACCAGAGAGGGUACCAGCCAGUGCAGCCCCACUCGGAGAAUACUGGAGUGGCUCCGGGAGGAUAUCAACAUCAGCAUCAGCAUCAGCAUCAGCAUCAGCAGCACUCCUCGCCUGCUGCCUCGAAUGCUCGCUGGAGACCCCGAGGGGGACACUAUGGUCAAAAUGCACCUCCUCAAGCGCCAUCAUACCCUCGCAGAUGGGGUGCGGACGCAUCGACAAGAUGAGGGGAGGAAGUGAAGAUGCAGAAGGAGAAGAGAGAAGAGGAGGAGCAUUCGUACUUGUACUAUACGCAGAUUUAAUCCUUUGCGAUUCGGAAGGAUUCAAGUAAUGAGACAGCAGAUGAGGAGAGACUAUGAGGGUCGUGACUUAAAGAACAGAAACGAAACUGGGGUAUCAAGAA